AUUAUCCAACUUCAUGUUUGUUAUUGUAAAAAAAAGCUUGAUUGUCAAAUAUUAAUUUACAAGAAUAUAUAAUAUUAUUAACCGCAAUGUCUUCUCGGGCUCUACCACAAAGUAAAGAGGCUCUUUUAAAAUCUUAUAGAACUCGUUUAAAAGAUGAUGUGAAAAGUAUGUUGGAGAAUUUUGAAGAAACGAUAAAGUUAGCAAAAGGAGAACAUGAUACACAAUUAUCGAGGAUGACUCAAUGCGAACAAGAUACUUAUGAAAUGCAUGUUAGGGCUGCUAAUAUCGUUCGUGCUGGAGAAUCUUUAAUGAAACUCGUCUCGGAUAUUAAGCAAUACUUGAUUUUGAACGAUUUCCCAUCGGUUAAUGAGGCUAUUGCACAAAAUUCAAAAUUAUUUAGGACCAAACAAACUGAGUGUGAUCAAAAAUUAAUGUCACUUCGGGAUGAUAUAGCAGCAGACUUGUACGAUUUAGAAGAGGAAUAUUACAAUAGUAUUAACAAAUAAUUUAUUUCUCGUUUAAUUUUACAAUAAUUUAAUCUGUAAUCCAGAUUUUAAUUUCAAAUUAAGAUUGUUUUUAAUCAAAACAUUAUCAGU